AUGACUGUGCUUAUAUUUGAUUCACUUGUCUCUAUUAGUAUUAGAGAAAUGCUAACUAUAUUAUUGUGUUUCUCUCUUGUGGUGUAUUCUACUGUGUACUAUACUGUAUACAGUACGUAUGACUUAUAUUAUAUAAUUGCCACUAGUUUUAUUCUGUGCAGUGAAUUGUCAAUUGACAAAAUUGCAUUAUUAUUCUAUUCUUACUUUUAUUUUUACUUCCUGGUUCUUCUGUUUCUGCUGUUUUUAAUAUUCUUUGCCCUUCAUUUCUGUUGUAAUUUUACAGAUAAUAUUGUAAUAACCAUCUCAUCGAUUGUGUGCUCUAUGCUAUUCAUGAUUAUAUUUUUCCUAUUCACAAAAGAGCCCAUAGAUAUGUUAUCGUUUUUCAUACGGGGACUAUUAUUCCUUGUGCUGGAAAUGAUAAUUAUUGCUGGUGUAAUUGUCAACCAGAACCUAUGA